AUGGCCCACAUCGAGCACGAGCACGAAGACCACCAUGAGGAGCAGGACGUGGACUCGGACGAAGACAUUCCUGCGCUCGAACAGGCCCCUGACGCUGUUGAUGCCGAGAAGAGCAAACACAAUCGGUCGGAGAAAAAGUCGCGUAAAGCGAUGCUGAAGCUCGGCAUGAAGCCCGUGGGUGGCAUCAUCCGCGUGACGAUCAAGAAGAACAAGAACAUGCUGUUUGUCAUCUCCAAGCCCGACGUGUUCAAGAGUCCAGCCAGUGAGUCGUACGUGAUCUUUGGCGAGGCCAAGAUUGAAGACCAAAAUGCCCAAGCGCAGUCCAUGGCUGCUCAGCAGUUCAAAGCUCCUACGGAUGACGCUUUAGCUGCUGAUGCUGCUGCUGCUGGUACAUCUUCUUCUACGGUGGAGAUCGUGAACGACGAAGACGAUGACGACGUGGACGACUCGGGGAUUGAUGCCAAGGACAUUCAGUUGGUCAUGAGCCAAGCUGGAGUGAGCAAAGGCAAAGCCGUGGCUGCUCUUCGCUCCAAUGACAACGAUAUUGUCAAUGCUAUUAUGGAGCUCACGAUGUAG